AUGGCCCGCCGUUCGAUGACGACGGGUCGUAUCGAUAAAAUCAAGCACGAGAGUUCAGCAUCCUCCAAUUUGGUUGGAAAGUUCACCCAGAGCGUACGGCGGAUCGUGCAAGAUGUCAAAGAUGAAGGAUCGCCAAGCGGAAUGAGUCGCGAGGAGCUACUUGAAACCAACGAGCGAUUGCGAGCGGUGCGCUUACGCCUGGAAGAGUCAUACGAUACGGCGAAAAAGGCAUUAGUUACCCUAAUGAACAAGUACGGAGACUCCAAGAGCCAGCGGAACGUUUUCAAUCGGUAUCCGAUGCUGAAACUGAUGAUUAAGGACGUCAUUCGCUUAGAAACCCAAUACUGGACGUUGGUGGAAAUUCCCAAACAGGAAAAGCUCGAAACAGUCCCUGCCUUUGUGCUGCGUGCGUGCAGCAUCAUGGAAAAAUCUCAAAAGUCAGGCGAAGGUGUCAAAACAUCCGCCAAACUAGCGGAAGAGGCUGCGGAAAAGCGAGAACGGAUGGAGCGUCUAGAAGUUAUGACAACCGCACAGAUAGAACAGGAGAAUACGCAAAUGAUUAAUGAUUUAUACCGCUUACUGAAAAAAUACACCGGUCUGAGAAACCUAAUUCGGGAAUUAAAGUCUGAGUACGGCAAUUCUAAAAUUUAUCCAAUUUUUCCGCGGUACACGAUGCUAAAGGACAUGAUCAAGGAUAUUAUGCAUGACCCGGACUAUAUGGAAGUUUGCCAUGAGGUGGAUAAUUGA